AUGUCGGGCAAGUCGUACACGUCGGGCAGCAUGCGCUCGUGCGCGGGCUCCGUGCGGCUCGGCACGGCGUCCGGCCACGAGGUGGUGCUGGACGCGCUCUACGAGCGGAAGCGAGAUAAGAAGAGCGUCCGCGUCCUCACCGUCAUCAUCUAUGUAUUCUGCGUGUCGCUCGCCGCGAUCAUGCUGUCUCUCUACUACGUGUUCUUCUGGGAGCCCAAGGACGCGCAAUACGCGCAGCGCAAGGUGUCAAUAACUGUCACGCCGCAAAUCAGCACAACACCAAUGCCCACUUGCUUUAUGCCCCACACUGGUAGGUCACACAACCGACACGCUAUCCCUUGUGAUUUUCUCAAUGAUAUAACUCAGCAAUCAACUAAA